ACAUUGGGUCAUGUUCUGGGCAGUCAGACUCUGCGCCUGGGGUCCUCUAUCUGAACAUCCUUUGUGGUCUUGAUCAAGCUUGUUGCUGUGAAGCCUCAGAUGUCAUCCAAACCUGGGAGUGUGGCUCUAGAUUUGCUCAUCUGACCCCAAAAUUUUCAGCCAAACCAGAGCAUAUGCUGGAGGUGGAAGGAGAGGAUUCCUUUCAAAGUCAACGCCCCCCACCCCCACCUCUGCGAUUUCACAUCUCCUUGGAGACUAAAGCUCCUCCCCCUGGAAGCUCCUGUUUUGGAAACCAAUGAGGUGGGGCCAGAAAGCAUGAAAGAGAGUUUCUUUUAUUUUACAUUUUGCCAUUUGAGUCUUGCAGAAGAGAGGCAGUGUUAUAUGCCGUGGGUGGUUCUGGAACCGCCAGGAAACCAGGCUGGGGAACAUAGCCCUGAGCUACCCUGAAGAGAGCAGCUGCAGGAUGCCAGUCGCCUGCCCUUUCACACUGGCUUUCACUGUGUUAAUUCCCUGAACGGUAAAAAACAAGAAUGGGAGUGGGGAGAAACACAGGAAAUGAAAGAAGAGAGAUCUGGGAAACGAACUCUGCGGGGGGGAGGGGCGGGGGAGAAGAAGAGUUAGCAGAAUUUUAGGGGAGAAAGGGGAGCAGAUAGAUGCAAACUAGGAGGCAGAGGGCAGAGGAAAAGGCUGGGUUUAGCAAUCUGCUACGGGGGUUUUAGACAAAGGAGGCUUGAGAGGGGCGUGAUUGGUUUCUAAUAUCAGCUGGGAGAGAGAGAAAGAGAGCCAGCACACUCCGGGCAUGGAACUGGAUGAAUCUACAGCACAUCUUUGUGGGCAGCAGCCGCUGGAGCAUGUACCACAGUAAGAACUGGAAAGAAACAAUACGCCUGGGAAAAGAUUUGCAGAUCUGGAUGGACUUGGCAUCUCACUCUUCUUGGAGGCAUGCCUUUAUCGGUGCGGUCCCUAUUUAUAGUUUCUGUCUCAACUGUAAUUGUUUUUAUCGUGUUCUAUGUGGUCAGCUUUGGGGGAGAUCAAAGCUACCAGAGAUUAAAUAUCUCUGACGUUGGGAUGCUGACUCAAGUUUGCACAUCCUUUAUCAACGGGAAAACUCCUUUCCUGUGGAGAAAUAAGCUCAUGAUCUAUGAGAAAUCUUCCUGCCAGGAAUACUUGACUCACAGUCACUAUAUCACAGCUCCUUUAUCUCGAGAAGAAGUUGAAUUUCCUUUGGCGUAUAUCAUGGUAAUUCAUCAUCAUUUUGAUACUUUUGCAAGACUCUUCAGAUCCAUCUACAUGCCCCAAAAUGUCUAUUGUGUUCAUGUGGACGAAAAGGCCACAGUUGAAUUCAAGGAAGCUGUGGGACAGUUACUCAGCUGCUUCCCAAACGCUUUCCUGGCUUCCAAGAUGGAACCCGUGGUCUAUGGGGGGAUCUCCAGGCUCCAGGCAGACUUGAACUGCAUGAAGGAUCUGGUGGCUUCGGAGGUCCCCUGGAAGUACCUCCUCAACACCUGUGGGCAAGAUUUCCCCCUGAAGACCAACAAGGAAAUUGUGCGGUAUCUGAAAGGACUUAAAGGGCAGAAUCUAACCCCAGGGGUGCUGCCCCCAGCCCACGCCAUCGGGAGGACUAAGUUUGUCCACCGAGAGCACCUGGGCAAAGAGCUUUCCUAUGUGAUCCGAACGACCACCCUGAAGCCACCACCUCCCCAUAACCUCACCAUUUACUUUGGCUCGGCCUAUGUUGCUCUAUCAAGAGAGUUUGCUAACUUUGUUCUCCACGACUCACGGGCUGUUGAUUUGCUCCUGUGGUCCAAGGACACUUUCAGUCCAGAUGAACAUUUCUGGGUGACACUCAAUAGGAUUCCAGGAGUUCCGGGCGCCAUGCCCAAUGGGUCCUGGACUGGCAACCUUCGGGCCGUGAAGUGGAUGGACAUGGAGAAUAAACACGGAGGCUGCCAUGGUCACUAUGUACAUGGCAUUUGUAUCUAUGGAAACGGAGACUUAAAAUGGCUGAUUAAUUCACAAAACCUGUUUGCUAACAAGUUUGAGCUCAACACAUACCCCCUGACUGUGGAAUGCCUAGAACUGAGACUUCGAGAAAGAACCCUGAACCAGAGUGAAACUGCAAUACAACCCAGCUGGUAUUUUUAAUGGAUGCUCUGAAGGGUGAUGACAGUUGGAAUGAAGAUCGUCUUUGUAAGAGACUUUGGCUUUGGUUAUUCUAAGGGAUUUAGGACCUGACUACAGAAUGACACCUACAAUAUCCACUAGACACUGUGAAAAUACAACAGGAUGGCUGGGUAGAGCAGUCCUGGCACUUUGACCAGCCUGGCAAUUUCUUCCUGCUCACCUCUUUAUUAGGCUAUUAUUAUGAUCAGUGAUAAAUUCAAAUGUUACUAUUAUUAUGAUCAGUGAUAAAUUCAAAUGUUACCAGAUACUUAUCAUAUAAUUAGAUCCUAAUAGAAAGGAAAAUGGUAGACAAUACCUAGGAAAAUAAGACAUUUGGUUUAUUUGAAGAAGUAAUCAUUUUUUAAAUUUUUUAACACAUUAACAAUCAUUACUCUGUGCACAAGCAUAUAUAGGUAUAGCAACAGCUUUCUGGUUAAUGCAUUUCCUUUAAACAAGAACAGAUCUUGAAAGGCUGGGGUGUGGUUCAGUGGUAGAGCACUUGCCCAGUAUUCUUGAGGACCUGGUUCAAUCCCUGACACUUGCAAAACAAACAACCUACAGACAAAACUAGAUCUUGUUGAGUUUCAACAUGAGCAUACCAGGCUCCCCAUGUCUGAAGUUCUGCACAUAAAGCCAUUAGCAAGACAGCGUGUGUGCUAAAAGACAAGAGCCACUGUCCACUGCCACAGAGAAAAGACCUCGGGGAUACCAUACGUUCCUUUGUUUUAUGCCAGAAUGGCCCCCAUUCUCUCUUCCUGUUCAUGGUAAAGUCCUCCCAAGAAGGAAGGCAUCCUGUCACCUUCGUUCUCUAGUCUAGUGGAGUCUCAAGUCUGGAACACCUUGAAUGAAUUACUUCUGGGACUCCAUCCCAGCAAAUAUAUCCUUCUGUAGAGACCAAAUUCAGUCUUGCAAUGCUUUUAACCACACUAUAGAAUGCUCUGGGAACUUUGCAAUGCCUGGUGCUGAUAGAAUUGCCUCCCUUUUUAAGAGCUUUUGGCUGCUGUCAUGCAUGCCUCACUCAUUCAUUCAUUCAUUCAGCCCACCUGCAGUGAUAUUUCUGGAGUACAUUGUGGUUCUCCCCCAGACAUAUGCUGAAGGAAAUAAGAGAGAAGACUUAGCCCAAUACUGAUGGUUCACACUGGUAAUCCUAGCCACCCACAAGGACCCAACAAUCACAACUUAAAGCCAGUCCCAGAUGGAAAGUCUGAGAGACUCUUAUCUUCAAUUAACUGCCCAAAAGCCAGAAGUGGAG